AUGGCUGUCACUGUUUCUGGCACAGAAGAGUUUGAACGCUUCGCUCACAGUCGUGUCAUGAGCCCAUGCAGUAUCAAAAGUAUAGAAAAGAAGCUGAAUCUUGGCGCCUUCCACGAUGGUAAUCCAGGCGCAGCAGAUUGCCCUUCUGAAGCCAACUUCCUUAUGGCUGUCACUGUUUCUGGCACAGAAGAGUUUGAACGCUUUGCUCACAGUCGUGUCAUGAGCCCAUGCAGUAUCAAAAGCAUAGAAAAAAAGCUAAAGACUCCGUCAGCGAAAUGUUUGUGGAAAUCAAAAAAGGACCUUCAUAAAAUGUCAAAGAAGUCUUCGAAUGGAGAAUCAAUGACCCCUUUACCUGGGGAGAUGAUCGGCCUGCGGCAACAAUGCCAGAUUGCAUUUAGUCCCCAUUAUGGA